AGGGGAAAGAAAGCAUUUCCCGUGCCCCACGAGCUGGCCACCGCCGGCGGGCCCCGCGCGCGCGCGGCCUGGGCCCACUACUCCUCCUCUCUCUCCCUCUCUCCCACGCUCGCGGUCACCCCCAAGAAGAGGAGGGGAGGGGAGGGGAGGAGAGGAGGCUUCAUCACUGGCCUGCAGGUGCGCCGGGUCAUCAAAUCAAAUGCUCGUACUCCCUCCCACCUCCCGCCCGGCUGCUUAAAAGCCCAUUCUCGGAGGGCCGAGGACCUGCUGCUGCUGCUGGAGUUUGUCUGGUAGAGAGGAGAGGAGAGGAGAGGGAGAUGCAAGGAGGAGGCGCGGAGGGGGUGACGAGGGUGCUGCUGGUGGACGACUCCCCGGUCGACAGGAAGGUGGUGGAGCUGGUGCUCGGCAGCAACACCUUCGCCGGCUCCUUCCACGUCAUCGCCGUGGACAGCGCUAAGAAGGCCAUGGAGUUCCUGGGGCUCAAGGACGGCAAGGAGCAGGCCGUCGACAUGGUGCUCACUGACUACUGCAUGCCCGAGAUGACCGGCUACGACCUCCUCAAGGCCAUCAAGGCCAUGAGUCCUCUCAAGCCUAUCCCGGUGGUCGUCAUGUCGUCGGAGAACGAGCCCCAGAGGAUCAGCAGAUGCCUCAAGGCUGGUGCUGAAGAUUACAUCGUCAAGCCUCUUCAGAGCAAGGAUGUGCCGCGCCUGAGGAGCUGCUCGAACGCGAAACCCAAGGACCCUCCAUGCAGCACUGUGAGCAAGAGCGCGGACCAUAUAGCUGCUGUCGAUGGCACGUCGUCGUCGCUGCGACGGCGAGCACACCUCACCGAUAUUGCCAUGGUCCUCCACUCGUCGAGCGCCGGGCUCUCGCACUACUUCCCGUUCCUCUUCAAGUUCAUCCUGCUGGUCUACGCCAUCCUGUGCGUCGGCGAGCUCCUGCACAGAUGGUCCAACGGCUGCUUCCUCUCCUACCUGAGGUGAUGGUGCCGCGGUCCAGUGACAUGCUGCAGCUCUGCAAGGAGGAGUAGCUCUUGUGUCGUAGCUUAUGAGUGAGCAGUGAACCUCCAUGUUUCAACAACCAUGGAUGGAGCUUUAGGUAGUAGAUUCGUUUGCUUUGAGAUUCUAACCGGGCGGGCGUCGGUUCUUGGCCUUGUUGGGCUGGUGAGUCGAGGAAGAACCCCUUGUAUCCAUCCUUGUACAAAACGCACAAUGAGGCAGGCAGUAUCUGAUGUCCCUUUUGGCUUGGA